GGUCAGACGAAUUCAAGGAUGUUCUAAGCAGGGCUGUGAGCAAUGGGACUGAGGUCAGGUUCGAGGUCAUCGAGAAGGGAAAGUGGGGGUUUCCUGAGGGGAUGAAUGAGAAGGAAAAGACAAAGGCCAGAUCGCAGAUGAAGGAGCAGGGUGAGCGAGGUGUGGGCUAUGGUGACAUGGAGAGUUAUCAUCACAUGUGUCGAUUUUACUCUGGCGAGUUCUACAAUCUCGAAGCCCUGAGGCCGUACAAGUGGUACUGGCGCCUCGAGCCAAGUGUGCGCUACAGCUGUGCCCUCACAUACGACCCUUUUGUGGAGAUGGCUCGCCACAACAAGGUUUACGGCUGGACGAUAGCGCUCUGGGAGGUUGGUGACACCUGCCCGUCCCUAUUCAAGACCACCGACGACUACCGAAUCGAAAAGGGUAUUCCCCGGACGCCCACCUGGAACGCCUUGUUACAAGUGAUGUGGUUCCCCGCGCCCGUCCGUUGGUUUCUCGGGUUGUUUCGGGUACGGGAGCACGACAACUCCGGCAACAAGUGGAACAUGUGCCACUACUGGAGCAACUUUGAGAUCGCCAAUCUGGACUUCUUCCGCGGCCGCGAGUACCAGGAUUACUUCCGCUACCUGGACAGCAAAGGUGGCUUCUACUCGGAGCGCUGGGGCGAUGCGCCGGUGCACACGCUCGCCGUGCACAUGCUUCUCCCGCCCGAGAAGAUUCAUCACUUUUCGGAUAUUGGCUACGAGCAUGACACGCUGUGGCAGUGUCCGGGAAAUGCACCCAUGGACCAGCAACUUCUCGGUAACAAGGCGCUGCGUGACAUGGGCAGGAUGACACUGCCGUCGGAGGGAGGGACGGGCUGCAGGUGCAAGUGCCAGGAGAAUAAGAGGAGGAGGAAUAUCAAUAGUCAGUGCACGAGCGAGCUGACGAGGCCAGUGGCGUUUCAUAGGCCGAGCUGGUGGGAGAGGCAUAAUGGAGUUUAUCACUAUGCUGUAAAUAACCCGAAUAAUCCGAGGAAGUGAGUGAGGUUUUGGGAGAUGGAGACAACGGGUUAGAAUUCCACGCUAGUCGCUCUCAGUUUUCUACAAACUUCAUGUUUCCAUUACAACACAGGAAGCGCUUUUACCCUUUCUGAAGCCUCACUCGAUAGACAGCCCACGAUUCAUAAUCGGCAAAGUCAUCACAAAAG